AUCUCUCUCUCUCUCUCUCUCUCUCUCUUUCGAUUCUCCUCUUUCUCCCCUUCCUUUCGCACCCCUCAGAAAUAGCCGAUUAUCACCCCCCCUUUUCAGCAAGAACAACAAAGCAAAAUCACUAAUUGUGGGAGAGAAAGACGAAUUUGACCUUCUUCAUAAUCAAAGGGAUCGGAAAAAAAAAAAAAAAAUGGAUCGAAGAAACGAAGAAUCCCCCUCGCGUAUGGAGAAAUCAUUACCUCAUCCACCUCCAAUGCCACCUCAUUUCAACACAAGAUUUCAUCACAAGGGCUUGAUUAUAACCGGAUCGAAGAUCAGAGGGCACAGCUUUCUCCCUAGCAUUGCUGUAAAUAGUUCGUGGGACCGCCUAUUCGACGAAGGCUAUCGAGCCGAUGUCACAAUUUUGACAGAUGAUGGUGGUGUAAUAUAUGCACACUCCAGCAUUCUUGGUGUGGUUUCUCCAAUUUUCAAGGCUAUGUUAAACAAAAUAAAAACCCGAGGCCAAAGCAAUCGCCGCUCAAUCUCCAUACGCGGAGUUCCGUCAGAAGCAGUUCGUGUUUUUAUUCGAUUUUUAUAUUCUUCAUGCUACGAAGAAGAGAGCAUGAAGGAAUACGCGUUGCCUUUAUUGGUAUUAUCGCAUGCGUACGUGGUUCCUCAAUUAAAGAGACUCUGCGAGUGUUGGCUCGAGCAUAAAUUGAUGAACACGGAAAACGCAGUCGAUAUAUUCCAGCUGGCAUUGCUCUGUGAUGUCCCUCGUCUUAGCCUCAUUUCCCACCGUUUCAUUCUAUCGAAUUUCAAGUCCGUUUCUUCAUCGGACGGAUGGAAAGACAUGAAACAGAGUCACCCCGUCCUAGAAAAGGAAUUAGCCAAUUCCGUCAGGCACGAAGAUUUCAGGAAAAAGGAGAUUACGAGGAAGAUGAACGAGAGGAAAGUCUACAUGCAACUGUACGAGGCGAUGGAGGCACUCGUGCAUAUAUGCAGAGACGGGUGUCGGACAAUCGGGCCCCACGACAAGGUCCCGCCAAAAGACGAUAAUACCCCAUGCCCGUACUCGGCUUGUAAAGGGCUCGAAGCGCUCGUUCGACACUUUGCCGAGUGCAAGAUGAGAAGGCCAGGUGGUUGCGUCCAUUGCAAGAGGAUGUGGCAGAUUUUGGAGCUGCACUCUCGACUUUGCGCGAAUUCGGAUGACUGCAGAGUGCCUUUGUGCAGGAAGUUUAGGCAGAGGAGAAGAAAACAGAGCAAGAAAGAAGAGAUGACGUGGAGGAUUUUGGUGAAGAAGAUAGUGAGAUCGAAGAGUAUUAGUGGAGGACCAUAUUUUUCAUUGGAAUCAACAACUUAAUUUUUCUCAUUGUAGACGAGAUAAUUUUGAAUGCAUAUAAUUCUUUGUUCGUACUUUGUAAUAAGUUGUAAAUUAAGAAAAGGGUAUAUUUGUAGCUAAAACAAAUAUUGCAGAAGUUUAUAUAAUAUAAUUUAUUUAUUUAUUUA